UGAGUCAGGCCGCGUGCAUCUGCUGCUAAACGCUGCCCAAGAUGGCGACCGUUGACCGGGACAAUUACAAGCUAGAUUCGUGGUGUUUCCACGUUAAAGACGCCGCGCGUGAUGGCCGCACACAAUAUGUGUUGGAGCAGCUUGAGAGGCACGGCCUGAGAGACACUGCAUGUAACAUCCUCCUUACGUGCUGUGCCGCCGGAUCAAUCAGAUCAGACCACGUCGACCUAGCCCGCGCGCUCCUUGACCGGGGAGCGGAUCCGAACCUGCGCGGCAGAGCAUUGACGCCGCUGAAUUAUGCAGCCCGAGGCCUCGGUACUGGCAGCGUCGAUAUGGUCGCACUCCUCCUCGAUGCGGGUGGAAGGGUUGCGACAAACUCUUCGGGCACUUCUCCACUCGUGUCCGCGAUUCGUGGUUUCGAGGCCUCGGAGUGCCAUCUCAAUUGUCGGAGAAUCGUGCAAAUGCUACUGCGCGCCGGCGCGCCGCUCUCUGGGCUAAUCGUAGAUCAACUCGAGAGAGUUCGCCCCGGGGAAAUCUGCGAGCAUUUUCUCGCGACCAGACAACUGAUCCUCGACGUACACGUAGCCGGGAGCCCGCGAGCCUACAGGAUGCUGCGGCGAAAACAGGUCUUACUCCUACGCAGCCUCGCGCUCAAAGGCCGCGCCGAGCCCCGCGACGCCCGGAUGACGUUCCUCGUGGAGUCCCCAAACGAGAUCGCCUGGAAGGUCCUCGAGUACUGGCGCACGGAGCUAGACUGUUAACUGUAUGU